AUGUGCCCGCAAACCGAUAUUCAUCAUCAGCUGCUUUGGGAUGACAGUGAAGAUCCUGUGGCAGACGAGGUUGAAAGUAAUGCACCGCGUAUCAAAACCACUACAGGACUGAUCAUUCUGUGCUUGAAUCUUAACGUUGACCCCCCGGGAGUGCAGCGUCCCCCGCGCGCUGCAUCGAUCCAUGGGUGGACUGAGACAGUGACAUUAGCAACAACAGAGAGUACUGGGAUCCAGCCACGUGAUGAGGCUAAGAAGGCUACUAUGCAGCGAAUUGGCGACACCAUCCAACAACAAUACGCUUCCAUGUGGCACGGAAGAGCUCCCCGGCUGCGCUGUCUGCUGGACCCCACCGUUGACGAGCUGCUCAGAGCUGCCAGUGGGCUGGUUGUUGGUAAUGCUGUCAAGCCUGUUUGCAUGGCCACCAGCAGCUCGAGCACGUCUAGAACAGAAACCUCAUCCCCAAAGACUGGCUUGCGGAAGCGCGAGCGGACCACGCCGAGGAUAAGAGAUGAAGCUGGAGAGGAAGACCCGUGCUCCAACGCCGAUUGCCAAAAAGAUGUGUCACGGUCGCGGCUACUGAUCCACUAUAAUGGGCAAGGCAUGCCUGUCAUCACGACAGAUGGGGAACUUUGGGCAUUCAACGCCACAUUUACACAAUAUGUCCCCGUUGCAUUGAGCCGCGUCAUUCCCCGCUUAAUGCCAACUAUUUGGGUGCUAGAUACACCGUGGUCAAACAGACUCAUUCCCGCGCUUAGCGCAAUCGGGCCUACUAGUGGUGAUGGGCAGGCGUUAAUGCUUGGCGCUGGUGCAGGCUAUGCCUCGUUGCAUGGCCAUCCAGAAAUGCCUGCAGACAUCUUUACAACGAUCUUAACAACACCCAUUCGGGCUGCUUUGCAUUGGAUAUCUUGUCGUAACGUGGUUUCUGAUCGUUGUGGCAACGCUGGCUUUAGCGUUGGUAGCAGUAGCGCUCCAGCUGCUGCUGGAAAUGCUGACCAGAGCCAGGAUCCUACUGACAGGCGUCUAGCAGCUCUUUUGGCGGCCAUCACCGAUACGAUUGCUUGGGAAGUGCUUCCAGCACCAUUAUUCAAGCGCCUUUUCCGCAGGGACGUCGUCGUUGCUGGUCUUUUUCGUAACUUCUUGCUUGCACUGCGGAUGCUUAACUGGCAGGGUACUGGUGGCCGUUUGGGAUCACCUUGCUCUAUGCCUCCGCUACCUGCGGAAGCAAUCAUUCGCCAUCCGCUUUGGGGCCUCUGGGAAACAGUGCUCACCAGAGAAUAUCUUGGAGUCCCAUCUAUGACGUCUGGAAUUCCCCCCAUGAGGUAUGGAGCUUUAUCUAAACGUCUUUAUAGGGAAGAUGGUUACACUAUAGCGAUGAAACAGGAUGGAUGUGCGCUAUUCUUUGCGGCACAAAUGCAAGAGCUCUCAAUUUGGAUCAAAAUGAUGCUGGAGGAACGUGCGCGUCUCCUUGCAGCUUAUCUUCUUUAUCCGGAAGCAAAAUCCUUGUCUGAAAACAUCAAAGAACAUUCCAUCGAGCUCAAGAACGUGCAUGGUGUCGAUCAAAAGGGGGGAAUUGUAGCAUGCGAAUUAUUGCCCAUCGUAUCACCUACACUAUCGAUACAGGGAUAUUCAUUAUCGCUCCAGCCCUCAAAAGCGCUUUCUCAUCGCUUGGAACAACUUUUGGAUGUUACUGCCCCACCAUGGCCUCCACUUCUUUACACGCGUAUGCACGGCAAGGCCAUUGAAGCACUACCUGGAUAUUCCCCGAAACGUAGGAGAGAUUAUCUCCCAAUAUUGCUACAGGCGCUAUUACUGGGUCCGGAACUGCGAUUGCGUGCUUUGCACUUGAUCUCUGCAUACAUGAUGAUCUCGGAUCGAUGCGUGCGUGAGGCUGUAGCUGUAGGGCUUUUCCCGCUUAUCACCAGACUUACAACAGCAUCGACCAAGGGAAUAGACCCUUCCUUAGGAGAGCGGGUUCUUCUUAUUCAGAUUUGGGCACGUCUUGUCAAAAUCAGUCCCGCUUUAGUGGCCGAUGAGGGUGUAUUUGCUGCACUGAUGCAUGCUCACUGUGACAUUAAUCCAUACCCACAACCCUCUAGUCGCAGGAAUACUAUAGAGCCCUCUAGCAGUGUUGCUAUUUCGAUGCCAAACCCACAAGAAGAUCACUUUCCAGGCGAUUCGCUUGCAUGGUUAUUAAUGAUUGGUAUAAUGCAACUGCGCCACCUACUACCGCCACCUUGCCCUUGUCGCUAUUCUGCAAUAGCGAGCACUGGGCUCUCUGUAUACGGAGUCAUCUGGCUGCUUUUUGCUGCCGCAAUAGCCUCUUCGCAUUGUGAAUACUGCAAAAAAAAGCGAGCUCCAGCUCUAUUCGUUCAGAUUGGCCUUUGGUUUAACAGUGUGCCAGAAACAGAUGAAAGCAAGGUUCUGUUUACCACCGUCAACGCCCUCGCCUCAACUCUUGACAUAGCGUUUAAUUUUUGUCCACCACUGGCUAUUACAACAGGGAUGCCCCCGGGAAUUCUGCUAGCCCCGGCAUACGCAAGCGACGCCCUUGGCCUUCAGCGACUGCGACAGACUCGAUCGCUAUGGACACUUGCCGGCAUAGCCGCAGACCUUUUCUUUGAUUCCCGAUACACUGUACCGCUUAGCAUUGUCAAUCCAAGGGACUUGCGCCUGGCUCAUAAGACCUAG